CAGUGCCCCGCACGCGUGUGGCUCGCGGUGUGAACAAGUGUGACUCGCGUGUGUUGUGUCUGUGAGUGGUUUCGACUGUCACUUUCGACCCGUCCGCGCGCUCCGCGGACAGACGGUGGAAGUGCCUGUGAAAGUUUCGACGCGGGACGGAGCGUGUUGCCCACCUGUUGACAGCGGUCCUGGGCGUGUUUCGACGGUGUACUUCGUUGUGGACGAGUGUAUUGCCGCUGUCUGUCGGUGUGCUGGUUGUUUCUUGACCUUUCGCGAGUGGCGGACCAACUCCGCAGAAACUUCGCGAUUUUGCUGGAGCACCCGAGCUGUCAAAGCGAGGACCGUCGCAGGAGACGUUUGCGCCGUCUGCAAGAGUCGCCUGCGAGGUGUUGAGUGAGGAGCACGUGGGCGGAGCAGGAAUAUGUGCGAGCGGUCGCCUCGAGGUGGCUGUCUCUUUCGUGUGCUGAGCCCCCGUGCGUGAGCGUGGUCGACGUGCCAGCCAGCGAUCGGCGUGUGGACGCAGCCUCCUCGUCAGCGCCCCGGAGCAGCCGUCGAGAUGACGUCAGGUCGCGGCGCCGCCGCCGCGGCCCUCGCCGCCCUCGUCUUCGUCCUCAGCUGCGCGCCCACCAUCCAAAGAGGUAUGUAUGGAGAACUUUGCAUCCCUUCCAAAAAUGUGAGUAAUAAAAAUAGCGCGCUAAUCCGGCAUCUAAAGAAAACACACAAACGUAGAAAUGAUACUGCGGGGCGAAGGGACACAUUGUUCUCACCUUACGUACAUGAAAUCUGA